AUGGACACGUCGCUCUGGUACUGUCACAGAGAUACGGUAUCCCUGUCAUGGCGGCCGUCGAGUUGGCGAACACCGGGUCAGCCUGCUGGCUUUGACAGAUGAAACUAAAGCCAGGGGACACUUGAUAAGGCCAUGAACUGCAGGGGACAUAGAGUUAUACUUCGUGUUGUUAUAAAAGAAGCAGCAGGCUCAACUAGCUUUAGAGAGUUCUAGACACAGGCAUUCUAACACCGGCUGUAAUCCUAACAUAGCUCCGGUAACAGGUUAUCGUAACUGCAGUGCUGUACCUUUGUUUCCCUAUUCUUCAGCCAUGGCUUCUUGGUUCGGUGGGCUCGGCACAGGCCUUGGCCAAUCUCUGGGACAAGUUGGGGGCAGCCUUUCAUCCUUCACCGGUCAGAUCUCCAGCUUCACCAAAGAUAUGCUGUUGGAAGGCACGGAGGAGGCUGGCGAUGUUACACCAGAGAUGCACAUGUCCAGCUCCAAACUGAAAGAAAUAGAAAGUGUUCAUUCUGUGCUAAAAUCAGAGAAUGAAAGACUGAAAAAGCUGUGCACUGAGUUUGAAGAAAAACAUGAAGCAGCAGAACUUCAGGUGAAGCAGCAGUCUCAGGAGUACCGGAAUAGACUGCAGCAGAAAGAGGUGGAAAUAAGCCACCUCAAAGCUAAGCUAAAUUCACUUCAGGAUCAAACGCAGAAGUUGCAAGCAUCUGCACAACUAAGUGGUGUCUCUCUUGAAGUUGGUACCCCAGCCUCUGUUAUGCCUAGUAGAAGACCUCAUUCGUCUGGUUUCCAUGGAGAUGAAAUGGACUUUGGAGAUGCUAUCUGGUCCCAGCAAGAAAUUAACAGACUCUCUCAUGAAGUGUCCUGUCUGGAGGCAGAAGUGGCACAUUGGAAGCAGAUGGCGCAGAUGCCGGCUGUUCAAGGAAAUCAGAAUGGCGAUCUAAGUGAAACUUGUAUGUUACAAAAUACUAUAAAGGAUCUAAAACAGAAAUUAAGUAAAGAGCUAGAUGAGCAUCAACAUGAGUUUUCUGUAUUACAAGAUGCACAUCGUCAGAAACUGGCUGAGAUAACAAGGAGGCACAGAGAGGAACUGGCUGAAUAUGAAGAGAGAAUUGAGGAGCUUGAAGAGCAGUUGCAACCAGGUGACAGGGAGGGGGCAUCUGAACCAUCAAAAAGUUUUGAGCUGCAAAAGCUCAUUCGAACCCUAGAAUCCGAGAAAGCUGGAAACCUACAAAAAAUACAAGAACUUCAAGACAAACUGAAAGAAGCAAGUGCUGCAAUAUCUUCAGCAGAUGAGGAGAAAGCUAUACUUCAAAAGGAAAAAGAACUCGCUUUGGAUCAAAAAAAUCGUAUGGCUCAAGAUUACGAAGUACUGAAAGCCGAAUGUACUGAGCUUCAGGCUUUAACCGACACAUCAAGUUCAGUUCAAGUGACUACUUUGCAGAAAGAAGUUGCUCGUCUGCAGGAAGCAUUGCUGGAUGCUGGGAAAAGAAAUAACCGUUCAGACCAGCAUGAUGAGAAUGCGCCUGUAGCAGGUAAAGAGCUUUCAGACUUGGAGACGUCUUUCAAUGCCCUUCAAGAGGAGAAGCAGCAACUAGAAAAAGACAAGAAAGAACUGCAAAUGGAAUUGGAUCAUUUAAAUUUGACUUCUGCCAGGAACUAUGAAAUCACUUUACAAACACAUAGAAAGGAACUUGAAGAGAGAGAACGCAAACUAGAGGAAGUUGUCACAGAAAACAGCACUUUAUCAGCAGAACUAGAGGAGCUUGACAAGCAAAAUCAAGAGGCCAUGCAGCAUCUGUUAUUAAUGAAGGAACAACUAUCCAAUCAAAAAACAGAUGCCACAAACAACAUUGCUCAGUUGAAAGAUGAGUUGCAGAGUGAAGAGGAGCUAAGGAUUAAAGCUGAAUCUGAAAAUGUAGAGAUUAAAAAACAUCUAGAAACGCAGCAAGAGAUACUGAGUAAGCGUGAAUUUUCACUUAACAAUUUAAACAUAACCAAUCAUCAGCUUACAAAUAAAGUCCAAGAGUUAAUGGAUCAGCUUAAAAGUGUAGAGACCUUCAAUUCUACUAUUAAUAAAGAAAAGCAAGAACUUCAGGAGGUUGUAAAACAACUGAAAGAGGAACUCUCCACUCUGGAGCAAGAAUCAAUUUCUAAAUCCCAGGAUCAGAGAGAGAAUGGGAGUGAAUCUGAGAUUGUAAUAUUGAACGAUCAGCCUUCAGAUCUCAAGCAGUUAAAUGAAGAGUUGGAAAAGGUAAUAUGUGACCUCAAAAUGGAGAAUGAAAUGCUCCUUUCAACUCAAGAACAGACAAAACUGCAGUUGGAAGUGACCACUGCUGCUAGCAGUAAAGAUUUACUUGAGAAACAGAUGGUGAUAGAUGCUUUGAGAAUGGAGAAAAGCCACCUUGAGUUAGAGUUGAACCAGUUUGAAAGCCAGUUGACUUUGCAGGCUCAGAAAUAUGAGCGCACAAUUGAGGAGCUUUCCAGUGCCCAGAAAAUGGACACAUCUGCAUUGCACAGGGAGCACGAUAGACUUGUCAAACUGAAUCAGGAUAAAGAUUUUCAAUUAUCUGACCUUAAAAGUACAAUUGAGCAAAUAAAAUCUGACCACGAGGAGUCCAAGGAGAUGCUGACCAGCAGUUUAGAGGGGCAAAAGCAGCUUACAGAGCUACUAAGGGAGAAAGAGACAUUCGUUGAUGGUCUUAAAGAAAAGAAUUCUGCUCUACAAAGAGAAAUUGAACAGCUCUCAGUUACUGCUAAAGAAUGCAAUUUAUUACGACAGAAUAUUGAAGAAAAGGAAAGAUUACUUGCACUCAUGAAAGAAGACAGUAGCCACCUAAAAGAAGAAAUCGAGCAUUUAAAGGAUCAGCAGAACAGAUCUCAACCAAUUGCUGAGCCUAAAACAUUAGAUAUUAUUACAGAGCUUGAGGCGGAAAUCACACAACUUAAUCAAAUUAUAAAAAAAUAUGAAGAAGAGCUGCAACUUCAGAAAAAGUCAUCUGAAAGGCAGAAUCUGAAUACAAUUCAACUUCAACAGACAUUGCAGGAGAAGGCUAAAGAAUUGGACACUGCUAAAUUCCAGCAUAAACAAAUGGUAGAUACUUAUGAGAAACUUCUGUCUGAAAAAGACAGUGAAAUUAGUAGCCUGCAGCAAACAAAUGAACUUAUCAGCUCACAGUUACAAAACGAGCAUUUAAUCCAGGCGGUUUCUUCAGUUAUACUACAGGAAGACAAAGUAGAAACAAUUAAUGGAGAGAAUGGUAAUGAGAAACACGAUCUGUCUAAGUCUGAAAUUGAGAAACUGGUGAAAGGUAUCAAGGAGAAAGACUUGGAGAUUAAAAUGCUGAAUGAAAAGAACGUUACUUUGACAAAACAAAUUGAUCAGCUGUCUACUGAUGAAGUUGGCAAACUUCUUCAAGUUAUACAACAAAAAGACUUAGAAAUACAAAGUCUUCAUGCAAGGUUCUCUUCGGUGAAUUAUACCCAAGAAGUUGUUUAUUUGCAACAGCAGUUACAAGCUUAUGCUAUGGAAAGAGAGCAAGUGCUAGCAGUUUUGAGUGAGAAGACGAGAGAAAAUAGUCAACUUAGAACAGAGUAUCACAAAAUGAUGGAUGUGGUGGCAGCGAAAGAGUCUGCCCUAUUGAAACUACAAGAUGAGAAUCAAAGACUAUCACAUAGUCAAGGGGAUGGUGCUCAAGAGAUGUUUAGAGAGACAAUCCAGAACUUGUCUCGAAUUAUUAGAGAGAAGGAUAUUGAAAUAGAUGCCUUAAGUCAAAAAUGUCAGACACUGCUGACCGUCCUCCAGACAUCGGGUAACAGCAGCGAACCAGGGGUUGUAAAUAGUAACCAGUUUGAAGAACUAUUACAAGAACGAGACAAACUUAAGCAGCAAGUAAAGAAAAUGGAAGAAUGGAAGCAACAGGUGAUAACCACUGUACAGAACAUGCAGCAUGAGUCUGCACACCUCCACGAAGAACUGCAUAGACUCCAAGGACAGGUUGCAGUGGAUAGUGAUUCGAGUUCUAAGCUACAAGUAGGCUACGGUAGCCUAAUUCAAAGUUAUGAAGAAAAUGAAACAAAACUCAAGGGCCUCUUUUUAGAGUUGACUAAUGUACAGCAUAGUAUAGGAGAACUUAAUAAUACAAAAGACGUUCUCCUGGGAAAACUUGAUACAGUACAGUUACAAGCUGGUACAUCUGCUGCUAUUCUUACAUCAGGAAGUUCUUUGUCUGAACAGAACAGUGAUCAGUUUACAAAACGUUUGCAAGAAUAUGAGCAACUGAAAGUCUUGAUACAAGAGAAAGAUGCCACCAUAAGAACACUUCAGGAUAACAACCAAAGAUUGUCUGACUCCAUGGCCUUCUCUUCAGAGCGUGAUCGGAAGGGUCAGGAAGACUCGAUUUUGGAACUAAAGCAGGUUAAAGAGAAAAAUGAUAUUUUACAGAAGUCACUUAAAGAAAAGGACAUUUUGAUAAAAACAAAAGGUGACAAAUUAAAUUCUGCAAAUGAGUACUUAAGGAACAAAGAAAAUGAAAAUGAGCUUUUGAAACAAGCUGUCACUAACCUAAAGGAAAGGGCUCUAAUUUUGGAAAUGGAUGUCCGAAAAUUAAAGGAAGAGAAUGAAAAAGUUGUGGAUAAGUGCGUGGAGAAAGAGACUGAGUUCCGGGCCUUGCAUGAGACCAACAUGCAGUUUUCAAUGAUGCUCAGGGAGAAGGAAUUUGAAUCUCAGUCCAUGAAAGAAAAAGCUUCUGCUCUUGAAAAUCUUUUAAAAGAAAAAGAACAGGGGAAGACUGGGGAAUUGAAUCAACUGUUAAAUGAAGUCAAAUCCAUGCAAGAAAAGGCCAUUUUGUUCCAGCACGAGAGAGACCAAGUUAUGUUGGCCCUUAAGCAGAAGCAAAUGGAAACAGGUGCACUGCAGAAUGAGGUUCAGCAUUUACGGGAUAAGCAAAAUCGCUUAAACCAAGAACUCGAAAGACUACGCAGUCAUCUGAUAGAGAUGGAAGAUUCGUACACACGUGAAGCGCUGGCAGCUGAAGACAGAGAAAAUGAUCUGAGGAAGAAUGUGACCGUGUUGGAAGAAAAACUACAGUCCUCAUCCACUGCUGUUGAAAAUGCCAGUCAUCAAGCUACUAUGCAGGUAGAAUCCUUGCAAGAGCAGCUUAACUUUGUUUCAAGGCAGAGAGAUGAAGCUCUACUGCAGUUUAAUCGUUCUCAAGAGCAAGUCAAACAGUAUGCAAUGUCGCUAACCAACCUGCAGAUGGUGCUAGAGCAAUUUCAACAAGAGGAGAAAGCCAUGUAUUCUGCCGAGCUGGAAAAACACAAAAAGCAGAAUGCAGAGUGGAAGCAAAAAGCUGACAGCCUAGAAAUCAAGGUCAUAUCUCUGCAGGAAAGGUUGGAUGAAGCAAACUGUGCACUCGAGUCUGCUUCCCGUCUCACUGAGCAGCUAGAUCUUAAAGAAGAGCUAAUUGAGGAACUUAAAAGACAAGGUGAUCUGAAGCAGGAGAUGUUGGAUGAAGCUCAAAAUAAAUUAAUGAAUCUUUUGAACAGCACAGAAGGAAAAGUGGACAAUCUUUUUCCGAGCUCUUUCUCAAGUUCCUGGAGACAGAAUCUCGUCCCACCCUUCCUCCUUUAAAACUCUCUAUGCAAAACAUAACACCUUUAGGCUCUGCAGCCGGCGGAAGUCAGAGUGCGACUGUCUCAGGCGCAGUUUCAGGGGCACCUACAUCUGGGACAAGACGGCAAGACACCAAUCCGUUUUUGGCUCCUCGCUCAGCAGCUGUACCGCUCCUCUCCACCUCUGCUAUGGGAGCAAGUGCAUCAGGUCACCUGCUGAUGAAGCCCAUAUCAGAUUCACUUCCCACUUUCACACCUUUGCCAGUGUCAUCGGAAUCAAGUCAAGGAGCGAUGCUUAAAGACCUAUUAAAGCAAUAGACUAAACUCAAUCCAAAAAAUUGGAUCCUUUUAGCACUUUAUAUAAACACUAUUGUAUAUAAUAUAACCCAAAGAUGCCUUCUACACAAUCAGAUGAUGGAUUCCAUUUUAUAUGCUCCACAUUUAUUACUUUUCGUACAACAAAGCUGUCCAGCUUGUGAGAAGUGUGGGCUUUCUGUAUCUCAGACACAAGUACAUCACAGUAGCUGCCAAAUUAAAGUUCCAAAUGGUUAACUCCCCUUCUUAAAGACAUUGUUUUCCAUGUCUGUUUGUACAUAGUUAGUCUUCGCAAGGAUUAUCUGCUCAUUUGAGGUGACAUGUACAGUUCAUCAAAGAAAACCAUGCAUUUAUCAGCAGCUAUUCUACUAAAUUAUGGACCGUAUACCCUCAUACUUGCCAAAUAUCAUGGUGUUGGAUAUUGACAUAAUGUGGCACCCAAACUUGCUGUAUAAUAAAAAAAAAAAUACCCCCAGCUUCACAAGUAUAUUAUAACUGAUGUGGUAUGAGGCUGUGAGAUAUAUAUUUUGAAACUAUUCUCUGUUAUGUUUCAGUGCGUCCUUGUAACUGGAAUCAUUCCCUGCACCUAGCCCAUUUCCUAUACACUUUUCUUGGCUUUCCUAUUAAGUCAGACUUGAAUUUACAGAAAAGGUUUUUGAUUAAAAUCCACCCUCCCUUUUUUUUUAAAAGAACACUAAAAACAUUUCAUGGACCUACCUCUAAUCAUGGGUGCUGCCAUUUUGAAACCUAAGUUACACUACAGAUAUCUGAAGGAAAGUUGCUGCACAUGUGUAAAUAGGUCAGCACUUGAAUUUAUUGUAAGAUUUUAACAUGGCGGCUCCCAUGACUAGAGGGAGGCGGGGGAAUAACCCCAAUACUAUACUAAAAUGUAUUAGUGUUUAAAGGGACAGUCUAGUCAAAAUUAAACUUUCAUGAUUCAUAUAGGGCAUGCAUUUUUAAACAACAUUCCGAUUGACUUUUAUCAUUAAAUUUGCUUUGUUCCCUUGGUGGUAUUUUUGAAAAGCUAAACCUAGCUAGGCUCAGACUGAUUUCUAAACAGUUGAAAAUCGCCUCUUAGCUCAGAUCAUUUUGAAAGUUUUUCACAGUUAGACAGUACUAGUUCAUGUGUGUCAUAUAGAUAACAUUGUGCUCACUCCUGUAGACUGAUUGGCUAAACUGCAUGUCUGUCAAAAGCACUGAGAUAAGGGGGCAGUCUGCAGAGGCUUAGAUACAAGGUAAUCACAGAGGUCAAACAUAUAUUAGUAUGACUGUGUUGGUUAUGCAAAACUGGGGAAUGGGUAAUAAAAGAAUUAUCUAUAUUUUUAAGCAAUAACAAUUCUGGUGUAGACUGUCCCUUAAAUGUCCAUUUAAUUCUAUUGUGGAAGGAAUGGAAUACUAGUGUUUCGCACAUUGGUAUUCGUAGGUACUUGUAAUGUGGUUUUACCUUAAGAAUGUUGAUUAUUCACUUGUUAUGGUUAUUUUAAUAAUAAUUUUUCAGAAGGUUAUAGAUUUAUUAUGGAAAAUAUUAUUGAAACAAUUUGCAGGGUUAUAGUGUGAAUAUUAUGUACAGAAAAUAAAGUAAAAUUAAAAAAAUGUAUUCUCUUCGAAAUACUAAAUAAAAUAAAAAAAAUCAAGGCCAACAA